CUCCGAAACCGUUCCAAUUUUGAUGUCGCUUUCGGUACUCAUGAAUCCAACCAAUGUAUCAGUCGUCAUCUCAGCUACAGCCAGUCAGAGGACUGGCCGUAUUGAAAGUGUUUACGGCAAUCGUAUGGAAAGCCAGGUUAGGUCGGCAAAAGCCACAAAUCGAGAGUUUCGCCAUCUUAGGCCCCUUUGGUUUCUUUCUUGCUUUUCGUCAUCUUGCUAGGUGACAGCCGAUCUCCCCUUUUACCGCGACGUCCGUCAGUAACUUCUACGCUGCAAAAGCUCGGAUAGUAAAGGAAGCAAACAUGGACCCAUCUACCCACAACGCCCAGACCUUCUUGAUGUUCGGCAAUGGUUGGAUCGCCAACCAAAUCAAGGAUGUGCUUUUGGCACAGGGGCGUACUAUUAUCAUGUCCAGGGCCAGGACGGAGAACCGCGAACAAGUGCUCAGCGAGAUCACGAAGCACAAGCCCAGCCGGGUCUUCAACUGCGCCGGCACCCGCGGCACGCCCAACGUAGACUGGUGCGAGGACCACAGGGUGGAGACAGUGCGGUCCAACAUCCUGGGCGUGCUCAACGUGGUCGACACAUGCUUCCAGCUGGGCGUCCAUGUCACGCACAUCGGCUCGGCCUGCAUCUACACACUUUCCGAAGAGGAGAUCUCGCAGCACCCGCCGUUCAGAGAGACCGAUGAACCGUUCUUCCAGGGUUCCUGGUACGCCCGCAGCCGCCUGCUGAGCGAGCUAUCCAUUCGUCACUAUCCCAACUUGUUGCUGCUGCGCAUCCGACUUCCUAUCGCGGCUGAUCUGCACGCGAACAAUCACAUCGGAAGGUUGCUGAAAUUUGAAAAGGUUGUGGAUCUAACAGGGUCUGGUACGGUUUUACCUAACUUGCUCCCCGGAGCCGUCAUCUUGUCAGAAAAUGGGGUGACGGGAAUUUAUAACUUUGUGACACCAGGUCAGAUAAGCAAUGUGGAGAUUAUGGAACUAGCCAAGAAAUACAUCCGGCCAGAGCUGGAAUGGCAAACCUUUGCGCUCGACGACAUGCUGAGGGUCUUGAAGGCACCGCGUGCCAACUGCGUCAUGGACGCAACCAAGCUGCAGACGAAACUGCGCGAGUACGGGUACCAAGUCAAAGAGCGUCGGGAGGCUCUGGAGGAUGUCUUCCGAACCAUGGCAGAGAAGGGGUUAUAGCUAUGGUGCGUACCGGUAUAGCGUUGUACCAAUAGCUUGGUGCACUACCACCAGCCACGCUUAGUCCGUCAUAGCCAUACAUCUGUUUUGGCUAGCAUGGCUCAGGUACCGUCCCUUUCUAUGUACUCCGAAUACAGCAGAUGCAAAUGGUCCACUCUACUCUGAUGAUGGGGAUACAGUAGAUUAUGACU